AUGGGUACUCCUCAUUUAAACCGACCUGCUUCCACCUCGCGAUUCCAACGUCCUGCACUUCGGAGAACGAACCAAUCUCACGGAGUGACUCGACUGCGUACAUCACCGAGAAGUCCAACCAAGCGAGCUCUCGCGGAUUCGAGCGAUGGCGGUAAUGCGUCUCCGAUGCCACUCCGCAAAAGAAGCUCAGCCGAGGCCGAGCGUGAACUUGCUUUGAAAUGCUUGACUGCAGGAGAAGAGAAAGAGAACGAUAAGUCUCCAGACGAACCAUUGAGCUGGAAGGCUGCACAUACCCGGCAGGAAAAGAGACGGAGUGGCGGUACACUGAUGACUACCGUCGCUCCUUUGAGUCCCAUGAAGCGGUCAGAGGGCUCGAGAUCGGAUGAGACACCAGCUUUUGAGAGUCCUUCAGCCAAGCGGAGAAGCCUUCAUGGGCCAGGCCUCGAUUUUAGCAUAUUUGAGUCCGACAGUGGAGAUGGAGGUUUGUUUGGUGACAGGCGGACACAGGAUGACCACGACUGGUUUGGUACCGGCUCCUCGCUAUCGUCGACUCGAUUUUCAACGAUUCCUAAGCGCUCUUCGUCGCUCCGAAAAUCGACCAUACAGCAACGACAAUUUGACCGGUCGAGUAACCUCAAAUUCAAUCAAUUCAUGGAUGUCGACAGACCCUUGUUUGAUACAACGCCGGUCACCCACUCGAAGAAGGAAACGCGUAUGUCCCUGGACAACCAUGUCGAACCCUUGCCUCGAGACAGCCCUUUCUCAAGUCAAGGACAACUUCUGAGCGCAUCGGUACAUCCUGUCACCACACAAUCCCGCCACCCACUUGCGCGGACCAUGACUCAAUCCGCACAACAAAAUGAUGAGCAAGACGAUUCGCCAACCCAUGAACCAAUCCAUCGACCUACCAGACCUCGUUCACAUGACUUCUCGAAGUCUCUCCCGGUCGGGUCUUCGAGGCCAGUGCCAUCCUCUGACGACCAUGAUCUCUCUUCCCAGGCAUCUUUUGCAACUCCCAGCAAUUACAAAGCCGCCAGACCGUUACCUGCUGCCUUCAUGUCGACCGGUCUAAUCUCCAAGAAGAAUCGCAACGUGGAAGACCCGAAUGCUGGUUUGCCCAAAGCCCACAUGCCAGAUACACCCUGCAAGAGACAACCUCCGCUCUUUCAGAAGGAUGAACAAUUCGCACCUGCUAAGAGUGCUGUCAACAGACUCACUCGGCAGUCCUUUGGUAUUCCUGCCAGUCCCCUCGAGAUGAGCCAUGGCCCUUCGAAGGUCUCAGCUUUUCCCUUCUCCAGGAGCCUUGGAAUAUUCGGUGCUCGUUCCUCCAAGCACAACCUGCUCAAAGAGGGAAGCUUUCCAUCUAUCGAAGCUGACGACAAGUCAAUGGGUCGUUCGCCUCUCAGCCGUGCCAAUAGCCAGUCGACUGACUCGGACUACCCCCCGACACCCACCAAACACUUGACUGAAGAUGACAGUCGAAAUUCGGUUUCUCCAUCUCCGCAUCAUCCCGCCGUGAGUGCUCGUCAGUCUGCCCCUCCUUCAGCUCACGGAAUUCGGCUGUCAAGUGGUAAGUUGUCUCCUAUCAUGGCAUCACCAGGAAGCCUCGACCGGGACAGUGAUAGCGCGAUGGAGGACUCUCCAUCAGCCAACCUGAGACCAAAGUCAUCGCUGAAUGCCGCCUCUAUUUCAUCUUCCUCAUUCAUCAAAGGUCGUACUUCGAGAAGCGUUGGGCUCCCAACUCCUUCGGCGGGAAAGACACUUUCGAUUCCAAUUCUCGAUUCGCCCGCUUUGAAACGUGCUAAGAUGAUAUCUGUACCCCCAGUAAGCCCAAGGAUGGAGAAGGUGGAUCGUGGUUCCCCCCAUACGCCUUUGGACAGCUUCUUCCCACCUGAUCCCAGUGGUCUUACGAUUUCCGGCCGUGCCGAACGUCCACCCACAAGACAGAGCAACCUACCACUCAUGAUUCCAGCAACGCCUACCGGUCCCAGAGAGUACUUCUCCAAUUUCUCCAACCGCCCCAGCCUGAAUCUAGCUUCGGCAGACGCCACGAACAUUGACGGUAGCUUGACCUCAAGGUUCGAGAAGGUGGAUUUGAUCGGCUCUGGAGAGUUUUCCCAGGUCUAUCGAGUAUCACAACCACCGGAGACAUCUCCGUACCACAAAAUCUACUCUGUGUCAGCAAGUCGACCAUCAUCCAGGAGCUCUGUGCCUGGAAUGGUGUGGGCUGUCAAGAGAUCUCGCUACCCUUACACUGGCGUUAGAGACCGUCAGAGAAAGAUACACGAGGUGGAUGUGCUCAAAGCUCUUGAACAGUCAGACCAUAUUGUGACAUUCGUCGACAGUUGGGAGGAGAAUGGACAUCUCUACAUUCAAACCGAGUUCUGUGAAGAAGGCACGCUUGAUGUUUUUCUUGCACAGGUUGGCUUGAAAGCGAGACUGGACGACUUCCGCAUCUGGAAGAUCCUGCUUGAAUUGUCACAAGGCCUGAAGCAUAUUCACGACACUGGCUUUAUUCAUCUUGACCUCAAGCCGGCGAAUAUCCUCAUUACUUUCGAAGGGGUUCUCAAGAUCGCCGACUUUGGAAUGGCGACUCGAUGGCCAGCCAAAGCAGGAAUAGAUGGCGAAGGCGACCGCGAAUACAUCGGACCCGAAAUCUUGAUGGGCAGAUACGACAAACCUGCGGACAUUUUCGCCCUCGGUCUGAUCAUGUUGGAGACCGCCGGAAACGUCGAGCUACCCGACAAUGGCGUGUCCUGGCAGAAACUGCGCAACGGAGAUAUGAGUGAUGUUCCGAGCUUGACCUGGAGUUCCGCGACCAGUGGCAUUCUGAGAGACGCUUCAGGCAAUCCUGUCUCCCGAGAAAACUCGGUCGAUGUCAACCUUGAUGCCUAUGAUGGAGAUGUGGAGGUGGUUGAUCCUGAGAACCCCGGGGGCUUCGCGGCUCAGGACCAAGGAAAACCCACACGCUUCGUGCGAAGUGGCGAGCUCGUCCAUCCGCCCCAGUUUAUGAUUGACCCUUCACAUGAACAUGCACUUGAAAGAGUGGUUCGAUGGAUGAUAUCUCCCGACCCGACCGACCGGCCCGUUGCCGCGGACGUCCUCAACACCGAGGGAGUCAGAUGGGCUGAGGCCAGACGCCGUGCUGGAGCGACCGUGUUCGAGGGCAAUUGGGGGCCUGCGGAUGACAUCCUGGCAGAGGAUGCCGAAAUGAUCGAUGUUUAA